AUGAGGACAGUAUUGCUGAAGCUGGUUCUUGCUAUCGCAACGAUUGUUGCAGUUGGGUAUGGAUUUCCUUUAGUGAAGAAAGAUACUGUUGAUGCAGCUGGACUGUUUGAUACAUCUAUAGACGCUGGAUGGCAGGCAUUUUGGGGUGAGAACCAGAAGGGAUGGAACAGCAAUGAUCCAGGGUGUGGAUCAAGCUUUUCGUAUGCUUCACUUUGGGAUCUGGCUGUAGCUAGUCGAGUUGUCACCAUGCUGAACAAUAAUCAUAGAGUUGAUCUUGUAGCAGAAGGACUCCUGAAAUACAAGAACAGUGAAGGGUGGUAUUCUGCUACUACAAAUAAGGACAAUGACUGCUAUGUUGAUGAUAAUUCGCAAGUAGUUUGGGUCUUUUUGGAAGCCUAUAAGAAGACUAACAAUAACGAUUACUUGUCUUCUGCGACCGAUUUGAUGGACCUUAUAAGAGGACAAUGGGUUUCCAAUGGUGGUGGUGUUCGCUGGAGUGUUGACGGUGACUAUUUGGCAUCUAUAUCCACAGCUGAAGCUGCUCUAGCUGCCGUAAGAGUAUUUGAAGUGAACACUGAUUGGUCUCUUGUAGCAUUUGCUCUGGAAUGCGUUUCUUGGUUGUUAGAUAAUCUACAAGAUCCAUCUGAUCAUUUGCUUUAUGAUGGUAAACAGUUGCCUUCUGGAGAGGUCAACGACGGCAAAUUAACUUAUUCUGUUGGGACAACAAUCUCAACAUUAGUAUACUUAGCUAAGUUCACUGGAAGUAGUCUGUGGGUGAAAAUAGCAGUCCAAUUAGGAAAAGCAGCUACCGACAGCUCGGGGGCUUUCUACUCAUCAACAGGUUACUGGAAUAACCAAUUGUGUUAUGUUCAGCUCCUCUUUGGAGGUCUCUCAGAUUUAGUUACCCUGGGACUUCAAUUACCUUCCGGUGUGAAUGCAACCUUUACUUCAGAGCUUAAGAAGCAAGCUACAUAUAUAGCUGAUUAUCUAGAGGUUCCAUCUGAUCCAGGUUUCUACGUUUCGAAUGUCUUCAGCUCCUCAAAGCAGAUGUACUCCAAAUAUACUUCACAGUUUGCGUCCAGCGAAAGUUAUUCUCCAGACCUGUCUGCAUUCUGUAACGGGAACGUUAAUGGAAAGAUUAAGAGAUCAUUGAUGGAUACGAUGUCAGCAUCUCAGAUAUUUUAUGACGUCAGUCAAUUACUGUAA